CUCUGAUUCAACAUGUUGUUAAUACUGUUUAUUUUAGUAGUGUCCCUUUUAUAUUACUUAAUUCAGAGAAAUUAUAAUUAUUGGAGCGAUAGAGGCGUUCCCGGACCAAAACCAUCAUUUCUUGUCGGUAAUUUCGGAAAAAGUUUUAUUGGGAAAAUAUCCAGUGGAGACAUUAUCACUAAUACUUAUAGAGAAUAUGAAAAUUAUCCAUUUGUUGGUAUUUACAAAGCGAUUACACCUGUCUUGAUUAUUCGGGACCCUGAAAUGGUUAAAAAUGUAAUGGUAAAAGAUUUCAAGAACUUUCAUGACAACGACAUCGAAGUACAAAAAGAUUUGGACCCGAUUUUUGGACGGAAUCCUUUCGUAAUGAGAGGAGCCGAGUGGAAACAAAAACGAGUUCAAUUAACGGGAUGUUUUACAUCGGGAAAGAUUAAGGGCAUGUUUCCUUACAUGGAGCACAACCUUAAAGGAAUGAUGAAAUAUAUGGAAAAUGCGGCAAAUACCUCGACACCUUUGGAAGCUUUAGACCUAUGUAUGCGGUAUACUCUUGAUAAUGUAGCUAUAUGUGCUUUUGGGGUAGAUGGAAAAGCAUUUGAAGAACACUCAGCUUUUAAAGAAUUGGCGGAAAAAUUUUUUACUGCAGAUUCGUUACCGAAGAAACUCAAAUUCUGGUUGAUGUUUAAUUUUCCUGUAAUAAGUGGUUUAAUUAAACUAAAGUUUAUACCUAAAGAUGUAGAAAAUCAUCUAAUCGAAAUGGUUUCUAAUACACUGAAGUAUCGUAAGGAAAAUAAUGUAACCAGAAAUGAUUUUUUGGAUGUGUGCUCCCGCAUGUCUACUGAAGGCGAAGCUUUUACCGAUAUUGACAUUGUAGCUCACGCAGCUAGUUUCUUUGCAGAUGGUUAUGACACCAGUGCUAGGGUGAUGAGUUUUUUACUAUUUGAACUGGCAUCAAAUCCCGAAGUACAGCAGACUCUAAGAGAAGAAUUAAAUGAAAGUUACAUAAAAAAUGGAAAUAAAUUUACGUACGAAGCUCUUCACGAUUUACCCUACUUGGAUGCUUGCAUAAAUGAGGGUUUAAGGAAAAAUUUUAUAGCCGCCAAUUUAUCGAAAUUGUGCACUGAAGAUUACACGUACACUUCAACUAGUCCAAAUUUCAAGCAAAUGACAGUAAAGUUGAAGGCCGGCGAUCGCGUGGCUAUACCGGUAAUGGGACUUCAUCACGACCCCAAAUACUUUGACGACCCGGAGAAGUUCAAACCGGAGAGAUUUUUGAAAAAGGAAAAUAUACAAAGUUUCACCCAUUUGCCGUUUGGAGAGGGGCCCAGAAUUUGUAUAGGUCAACGUUUUGGUGUGACUCAAGUUAAAGUUGGGCUAGCGUAUGUCAUUCGUAACUUCCAAUGCACUGUUAAUUCGAAAACGCAAUUGCCUUUGAAGUUUGAUCCAUAUUUUCCAAUGAUUUUAGCAGUUGGAGGAUUGUGGUUAGAUUUUAAGAAAUGUGAAUAAAACAUACCUACAUUAUAAAUAAAAAAAAAAAUCGUAGGGAAUAGGAUAUAAAUAUUUUAUCCAAUAUAAUCUUCCUAUAUAAUAUUUGCAAUCUUUCAAAAUGUAUGAAUAUGUUUACUCAAUUUAGCUCCUAUUUUUUAGCUAAAAAUAAAUAAAUUUAUUAUAACUACUUAAUUCAAGUAUUAUUCCAUAUAUCGAUUUCAUGAUGUUUAUCGAUGAUAGACAGCUGUAGGUAUGAACUAAAACUUUUGGAAAAUUUACUUUAAUAACACUCUAUAAUUAGAAAAACGCAUGAACUCCAGAUAAAGGUAAACAUUUUGAGCAACCAGUACAAUUAAAGAGGAAUCACGCAUUAAUGAUGUUAUUUACUUAAUCAAAUGAUAUUAGCAAUAGUAUACUCAUAUGUGUAAUCGCUACAAUAAAUAAAAUAAUCCCGCAAUUUCUUAAAGGAUUUGUCGAUACACGUAUAUGUCGAAGAAAAGAACUCGACAAAGAAAUAUUAAUAUCUACCUGGUCCCAGCUGACACGAGUUUUUACGUAACUGAGAUUUAUGACUUGGAACUGCCAGAGCGUCCUCACCCUAGUAGAGAUGUUGCUUCUAAUUCAGAUACAUGUCUUGCGAAACGGCAACGAAACAACAAACUCUACUUCGUUUUGUAAGAAUAAUG